AUGUGCAUCAACUUAUGGCGCAGGUAUUAUUGCACGAAGCCAUCUGGAUAUACGACGAACAAUGGCGAAACUAAAAGACACCCUCUGCCGGACGGAAGAAUUCAUGGCCAUCGUCUGGUAAAAGAAGAAGACAAUGUCUACAGAGAGAACACUGAACGUGAUUUCCAAGAAGUACCGUACGGAAAGCUUAUCCACUGGGUCAACAACUUGGUUCGAUGCGCCCAUCUACACGCAAAGGAUUGCACAACGGGGCGUUGUCGAGGAGGCUUGGUUCAGAUAAUGGACGGAGAGUGCUACUUCUGUACCGGCAACAUCGAUGCGUACUUUGAGAGCCCCGACGAAGUCUUGCAAUCGAUCCCGGCUGACAACAAGGUUCCGGGCCCAGGGGCCAACUUGAGCAUCAUCCACACUCACGACUUCAUAGUCUACCGCGAGAAUUACCUCCGUCAGCUGCUCAGACUGACCUUGACGGUGCUAUCGAAACCGUUUCCCGUGGAAGCCGAGACCCGGGAGUGGGAAAUGGAGAUUUCGUCCUCUUGGCCAGAGAUCUGGUGCAAGCUGCUCCGCUCACACAUUGGGCACGGCGUGUUCUACUGCCAGUGCAAGCCGAUGAACGAGGAGUGGCGCGUCAACCCUGCGCUCGCCAUGAGAAAGAACGAAGCAACCUAUAUCCUCGAGAACAUGGUGAACAGAACCGACUCGGAAGGAACGCUCGAGGCCUUUGCCGAGGAGAUCUCAGGACAGGUAUUUGAUGAGGAAGAGGAAGCGUGGGAUCACGUCACGGGGCCGACUGAUAGGGCGUUACAACUGGAGAGUCUACACGACGAUCCGCGCGACUGGCCCGGUCACCAGAUGGCGUUUGUGGCGUUGAGCCAUGACACCUAUUCCCGCCGCAUGUUCAAGCUUAAAGAGAGAGCGGAGCGAGCCCGCGACGCGAUAUCAGACAGAGGCUCGGAGGAAUCCCAAAAGCACCCCUCGAGCGCAUAUUGGCACUCCCAUAAACUGCCAUGGCUGGGCAAGGAAGACUGGAGCCGCGCCGUGUGGCGACGCUACUACUUCUUGUGCUGGCUGUACAAUUUCCUCGCCCUCGACGCCGGCCUGGACGAGGAUAUCAUGAUGUAUAUUGGCGGCGGCCUGCUCGCCGUGCUCAACCCGUGGCCGAACCCGCACUUCACGCCCCACGCUUCGCACCCGGAUUACUUGACCUUGGAUAACGACCUCGCCGCCUACGACCUGGUCCAGGAGUGCGUCUACUGGGUCGAGCACCACUGGCCCAUCGUUCCGCAUAGCUUCGACACUGUCGACCACUUCCGCAAGAUGCUCGAAAAAGGUGAAAAUAUCAUUUACGCGAUUGAACGCAACACGACGCUCGCGCUCGCGGAUAUGAGGGCGCGAAACCGCUCGGCGGACGCGAGGACGCACAUGUACUCCGUACUGCCCGAGCAAGCCGUCGCCGACGGCACGCCUAACUGCAAUAUUUGCAUGUCCGGCUGGGAGGAGUACCCGAAUCACGAGCCCGUGAUGUUGCCCUGCUGCUCGCAGUAUGUGGGGCGCAAGUGCCUCAAGAGCUGGCUGGCGCUGCGCGACCUCCGCGGGGCUCCCGAGGGGCGGCAGGAGACGGAGCAGACGUGGGCUGCGCAGUUUAGCUGCCCGUUGUGUAGACAGAAGAUUGGGCCGCAUUUCUCGCCGAAUAUCAGGCAGGGUGGCAUGGAGGAUACCCGGGACUAUAGUUUCUAUGGCGGCUUGCGGGAUUAUGCAAAUCCUGAGGGGUAUUGGGAUAAUCGACCGGCGCAGUGGGGUGCUUGA